AUGGUGAAAAAAAUUCUUAUCACUGGUGCAUCAGGUUUGAUUGGUGGUAUACUAAUUGAACAUCUAUCAAAAAACCCUAACUAUGAUAUAUAUGGGAUCGAUAAACAUAUUGGAUUAUCGAUACGUUAUGAACUUGAAAAAAAUCCAUCAAUAUUACAGAAACAACAACCAAUAUUACCAUCAAAAGAUAAAUUUUAUAUAUGUGAUAUGAAUGAUAAAAAUCAACUUUCGCAAAUUAUUCAAGAUAAUAAAAUCAAUAUUAUUAUUCAUUUAGCAGCAGUUUUAGAAACAGAAACAGUUGAAAAUAUCAAUUCUAUUAAUUGUCAUGGUACAAAAACUCUUUUUGAUAUAGCAACAAAACAAGAUCAUAUUGAAAUGAUAAUAUAUGCUAGUUCAACCAUGGCUGUUUUUGGAUAUUUAGAAAAUGAACCCUAUUUAUCAUUAACAAAAAAUGUUCAACCAAAACAAAUGUUAAAAAAAAUAACAGUCAAUGAUCCACCGAUGCCAUCACAUUUAAAUCAGUCUGUUGAAGCUUAUUGUAACAGUAAAAUAUAUGGAGAAGAAUUAGCGAAAAAAUACGCAUCAAAUGAUGAAAUAAAUAUUAAAUUUAUUUGUGCAAGAUUGGGUUGUAUUAAUAUAAGUGAUAAUCCAUCUCGUGUUUAUUAUUGGUCAGAUAGAUCAACAUGGUGUAGUCAUCGAGAUUUAUGUCAAUUUGUUGAUCGAGUUUUAGAAAAUCAAUUCAAACUUAAAAAAUUUCAAAUUUAUUUUGUUUCUUCAAAUAAUGAUUUUGCUUGGACUGAUUUCGAUAAUUGUCGACAAGAUUUAAAUUAUGCGCCUCAAGAUGGAGCACACUGGAAUUAG